UCCACUCCCAAGCCCAAACUCUGCCUAAGCAAAAUUGUACUGCGAAGUGAGCAAGUUGAGACAUGAGCGCCGCUGCUUUCUCCUCUUCCCACCCCUUGCUUCUCCGCCUUUACUUCCCUUCUUCCAUCUCCGCCACUCCCAGUUUCCCUCUUCUUAGCUCGCCUAGGCAAAGAAAGGGCUUCAGACUUGUCUCCCCUGCUCAUGCUUCAAUUUCAAGACCUGUCCAGGAUACAUACGAUCCCGAGCUUCGAUAUGUGCUAGAACUUGCCACCGACUCUGAAUUGUAUGAGCUUGAACGAAUCCUUUUUGGCCCCAGCUAUUUCAGUCCAUUGCUAAAAUCAAUCACGCAAACAGCAGAUUUGGACCAUCUUAUGAUCGAAGAAGACAUUGAGGAGCGAGAAAGUUUUAUAGCAGCUCUAGAAUCCCGAUUUUUGUUCCUUGCCGCUGACGCCCGGGCUACACUAAGGGGUUGGAGGCCUGCAUAUAGAAAUGUACUGCUUGCGGUGAGGAAAAAAUUAAAUGUUGCUUGCUCAAGCAAAUUGUCCACUGAAGACCUAGAAGUGGAAAUUUUCCUUCACCUAUUGCGGGAUUAUUCGAGUGAAGAACUAGGAAAUUUUCCAGGGUUUUCGGAAAAUUCCGGAUCUUCAAAUUUUGAAGGUAGUUUAGAAGUUGGGCUAAGUCAAUGGAAGGUGCAAGCUGUUGCUGCUUUGAAAGUUGGAGCCAAAGAGCUUCAGUCAAUGAUUUUAAGGGGUGGUGGUAUGAUCACACUGGCCAAAAUUUAUCAACUGUUAGCAAGAAAGUUUUCUGGAAAGGUAUUUUUGGAAGCUGCUAACUAUCAGAUAAGGAAAGAGAUGCUCAAAAAGGGUGGACAAUUAGCUCUUGCUAAUUUGGAAUCUGCAGCAGCCUUGCUUGCAGCAAAACAGGGCUUUGCCGGUGCUGCAUCCAGAUAUUUGGGUUUGAGGAGCAUGAUGACAUUUCUUGGCCCAGUGUGAAACUUGGUUUGCUGAUGCUUAGUUCUUUUCCUCUUGACAAUUUCUCUUGGGAGAUUCUUAGGCAUUGGAUGAAAAUCUUUCGACAUCUUGUUUGUUGGUGACAAAGUCGUCAACAUCUACAUUGACGAAAAUGUUAGAAGUUUUCGUUCAACCAUCAUUUUUUAUGUGAGGGAGGUGGUUUGGCUGCUUCGGAUCUUAGGGAAAUUUUAUUGGGAGAAGGUACACGGUCGUGGGUAAGGAGCAUGGUUGGCAAGAACCACACUAUGGGGUGGCUUUGGGUGUCAAAAGUUAUGCAGGUUCUUGGCUAUCACGAAAAGGGUAGGCGAUGUGUGGUUGAGGAUUUGUAUACUUGAGGGGAUGGAAGCUCGCAAUUGGUGGCAGAUAGUAUUUGAGGUAUGUAGAGUUGUGGACUGGGUUUUUAGAUCCCAUUGUCUUUGUUGCUAUUGGAGAGCUAGGCACCAUACCAAGAGUUUCUCCGACUAGUUGCAGGCUUCCAUGCAUAACAUGCAAGAUUGUUCUUAAUGUUUCUUCUUUGUCUGCAGCUAUGGCUAAUGACGACCCUUAUAGUUUCUUUAAGGCUUCUCAAGAUCUGAGGCAAGAUUCUCCAUUCCUUUUUAUAAUAGUGAUGGAGGCCUUUAAUGUACUGUUAAUAAGAACAAAAGAUCUCCAGUUGCUUGGGGGUUCAGUGGUGGGGGAGAGGGGAGAUGCAGUGGAAAUGGUUCAUGUGUUCUUCGCUGAGACACGUUAUCUUGUAAACCUAAUUUUCAUGCCUUAUUGAAUAUUAUAUGUUUUCUUUUAUGCUUUCAAGCUGUCUCGAGGCGUAAGAUUAGCUUGAAACAGAUUGACUCCGUCUUGAUUGUGGAAUGGAAAGAUUUUGCCACUUCUUUCAGACUUUAGGGGUGCAAAGUUUCUAUUCUCCCUUCAAUUUACUUGGGACUACCACUUGGAGCUGAAUUCAGGAUGCCUCUAUCCGCAACCCUGUUGUCACCAAGUUUCAGAAUAGAUUGGUGCGUGAAGAGGAAUUUCCUCUCAAAACGAGGUAGGUGGACUCUUAUUAAAAGCACACUUUUUCUCCCUGCUAGUGCAGCGAAGAAGCUGGAGUUCAUUUAGUGUUAUUUCCUUGGGGUGAGUUCGAUAAGAGAAAAAGAUUCUCCUUGGUUGUUUGAAAUGUUGGAGAGCUUCCCUUUUAGAGGGGUGGUGGUGGGAUCAUGUCAGUGGUUGACGUUAACCAAUCUUUUUUCAAUAAGUGGCUGUAGAAAUUUAUUUAAAUGAGUAAGGUAGUCUCUGACAGAGAGUGAUGGGAUAAACACAUUGAAAUUGAAUUUUAAGAUAUCUAGGCUUCAAUGUGGUGUAGGGUUUUCUACGAAAAUCAACUUUAGGUGGGAUUAGUUCCAUGGUUGUACAUGGAGAGUUGGGUUGGGCCAAAAGGUGAGGUUUUGAUGGGAUGAAUGAAGUGAAUGUGGAACACUUGAGCAGAAUUGUCUCACGAUCUAUUAUUUAGCUCAUUGUAAGGAGGCUGCAGUGGUCGAAUCAUUCUCUUGUGCCUUUGGUAAUGAUGUUUGGAUGGUUGAUCUAGUCAGAAACUUCAAUUUAUGGGGGGUGAGUAAAUACAUCAAUCAACUUAAGUUCUCUCCCUGUGUAUGAGGUUGCACGGGGCCUUGGAUGUGCUGGUUUGGAAGCCAAAUUUUAAAGGUGUUUUUUCGGUGAAAUUGUUUUACUUUCAUUUGGCUAACAUUGUUGUGAACAAUGAGAAGGUUCAUUAGAAGCUGAUUUGGAAGAUUAAUACCUCCCCUAGUGUGGCUCUUUUUACUUGGAAGUAGCUAGGGGAAGUAUACUUAUCCUAGACAACCUGAUUAAAAGAGAGAAGAUUUUUGUGAAUGUUGUGUUAUUUUUGCACGAAAGCUGCAAAGUAAGGCAAGCAUAUUUUUCUCUGGUGUCCCUUUCUUUUUUUUUUCUAUAGACAAUGACGUAGGCCUUUUGGGAGUGGGUUGGGUCAUGGCUGGUUUCAUAGAAGAUGAGAUACAAACUUGGAGGGGCAUCUAUAGUUUUAAGUGUUAUCUUAAUUCUCAUCCCCCUGACUAUCUUAUGGGUUAUAUGGAGGAUACAAAUAGAAGGAUUUUUAAGGGUAUAGAAGUUACUUUUGGUAGGCUUAAAGAUUUGCAGUUGCAGACCCUAGACUUUUUAGUUAAAGAGCCAUUUUCUUUUUUCUUCCAGGGAUAUUGGGGAGCUUAUUAAUAAUCUGAUAGCUCUUGAAAGUUUCUUUUUUAUGACUCAUACCGUCUUGGCGCCAUAUCAAUAUUCUACUUCUUUUUACUCUAAAAGAAGUUUCUUCCUAAAUAGAAAAUGGUGGGGACAACACAUUUCAUCUAGUGAUUGGACACUGGUUUUUUUCUAGUAGAUUUGAGUAGGCUUAAAUAUGUCUAUAUGAUUAUACUUGGAAAUGCAUAGGAAGAUAUCCAGUUAUUUAUUUAUUGGAAAUCUAUAAUUCUAAUAAAAAAAUUAAAAAAGUAGUAGUUCUGGUAUUUAGUGCCUCAAUUUUUCCUAAACAAUGUGUUAUUAUGAAUCUUUGCUUUCUGUUAUUCACUUAAAUUUUUUAGAAAAUUCUAUGUUUUAAUUUUCCCAUAAAAUGAGGAGUAAUGUGUUAUAUUAUGAAGAGGUCUUUUUGUUAACCUUCCAUAAUUUAUUCUCUGUUUUGACUUUUUCGCGAGUAGCUAGUCAGAAUUUGUCAUUGUACAUAGAACUGUUGGCUUCUUUCCUUGUGUUGCUGGUAGAUCUAGUCUGUGCCUGAGUGGGAGAAAGCUUAUUUUUGGGUAUUACAGUGUGUGCCUUAUGAAUUUGUGGUAAAGAUAUCAAUCUAUCUUCAACAUGGCUUUAUCACUUGACACCUUUUUCUGUUUAUGGUUUCCUUCAAAUC